UCACUGUCAGUCAGUCUACAGAUUUUGGGUAGGUAGGUGCUUAGGUGCAUGUUAGUCAUCGUCAUUGUUUAUUUAAUUAAUAAAGUGCAAUUGGACAUCAGUUCUUUGGAAUUUCGCUUUUACGAUAUGUAAAACAAUCAUAACAUAGCUUAUGAAUCGUUUACGAAGAUAGUGCAAAUGCAAUACAGUGAUCUCUGAUUUCGAAAGCCCCGUUCAUACGACAAAGAUGUAUCGCUGGAUUCGCAUGUUGAUACUGCUGUUUUCUCUAACAAUCGCCAAAGCACAAGUUUCAGCAGUCACAAAUGAGGACGAAUCCUUUCUAAAGACAUCAAAUUAUACGAAAUACGACCAACUUGGUAUUCUAUUUGACAAACUCGAAAGCACCUAUCCGGAUCUGGCGAAGUUAUAUUCGAUUGGGAAUUCCGUCGAAGGUAGGAAGUUGCUGGUACUACAAAUAACGCAGGACGUGCAGAAUGAACACCCGGAACGUCCAGCGUUUAAAUACGUGGCAAAUAUGCACGGCGAUGAAUCGAUUGGAAGACAAAUAGUGAUAUAUUUGGCUCAGUACUUGUUAUUGAACUAUGGUAAAAAUGAAAGGGUCACGAAGCUGGUGAACAGCACAGAUAUACACUUGAUGCCAUCUCUGAACCCGGAUGGGUUUGAGGCUAGUGAGGAAGGAAACUGCGAAUCGUUAAGAGGCUACGUCGGUCGUAGUAAUGCAAACGGCGUGGACUUGAACCGCGAUUUUCCCGACCAGUUCGACAAGAAUCAUGCGAACGAUGACGAAUAUUUAUAUAGCGGACGGCAACCGGAGACCGUGGCCCUCAUCCGGUGGGUCCUGAACAAACAGUUUGUGCUGUCGGCUAACCUUCAUGGAGGGGCUAUUGUGGCGAGCUAUCCAUACGACGACGUAGGGCACGGAAAGAACAACGGGAAGGAUUGUUGCGAAGAGAGCAGGUCGCCCGACGAUGCCGUGUUCAGACACCUGGCCAAUUCGUACGCGUCUAGGAACGCGGACAUGAGGGCCGGGGACCGAUGUAAGCCGGAGAACUUCACUAAUGGCAUCACCAACGGCGCUAACUGGUAUUUCGUGCAGGGUGGAAUGCAAGACUUUAAUUACAUCCACUCGAACUGCUUCGAGGUGACCUUCGAGCUCUCCUGCUGCAAGUACCCGCGCGCCGAGGAACUGCCCUCGUAUUGGCACAUGAACAAGGAGGCGAUGGUCGCGUUCGUCGAGCAGGCUCACAUCGGCAUCAGCGGCGUGGUGCUGGACGAGGACGGCGCACCUGUGAAGGACGCGCAUAUCUUAGUGGACGGCAUCAAACACCCGGUCAGCACCACGCAGCACGGCCGCUACUGGCGACUCCUCACUCCCGGACAGUACAAUGUCACUGUCAAAGCUUCAGGGUUCGUUUCCCCACCGCCCACAACGGUGACCGUCCCAGAAAACCAGACCGCCGCCGUCCCGCUCAAUCUGACCGUCCACCGUCGGCCGCGUUCGAUAGUCGACGUGCAUCCGGGCAAAUCUCCAGUCCAUAGCAGGACGACGCGUCGUCACAAUAUCGACGGGCUUUCCGCAGAGGAUUUUGUCCAUCACAAUUACGAGAAGAUGGAGUCUUACCUCAAGGACCUCAACGCGAUGUACUCCAAUAUCACGAAGCUGACCAGCAUCGGCAAAUCGGUGCAAGGAAGAGAGUUAUACGUACUGGAGGUUACCAGAGAUCCAGGCGUGCAUAUUCCCGGGAAACCGGAAUUCAAGUACGUAGCCAAUAUGCAUGGAAACGAAGCCGUCGGACGCGAACUUCUGCUGUUGUUAGCGAAGUACUUGUGUCAGCAGUACGUCGCCGGCGAUGAACGAAUACAGAACAUGCUGAACAACACGAGGAUCCACUUGCUGCCGAGCAUGAACCCUGACGGCUACGAGACUGCCAGACCUGGUGAUUUCGAUGGUUUGAAGGGUCGCACUAAUGCACACGAUGUUGACUUGAACAGGAAUUUCCCCGAUCAGUUUGGAAGUACCGAGGAAAAUGAAGUCCAAGAGCCGGAGACGUCGGCGGUGAUGAAGUGGUCGCAGUCGAUCCCGUUCGUGCUGUCGGCCAACCUGCACGGCGGCGCGCUGGUCGCCAACUACCCCUACGACGACAACCCUAGCAUGCGCAGCGGGAAGGAGUUCCUGUCUCCCGACAACCCUGUCUUCGUCCAUCUCGCUCAUGUUUACUCGGACGCCCACCUCAAGAUGCACUUAGGGAAGCCCUGCAAGAACUACUCCAGGGAAAUGUUCCCGGACGGCACCACGAACGGAGCUAAGUGGUACGUGCUCGCGGGCGGCAUGCAAGAUUGGAACUACCUGCACACAGACGACAUGGAGCUCACGCUAGAGCUGGGCUGCUACAAGUUCCCUCCUGCCGCGGACCUUCCCACCUACUGGCAGGACAACAGGGAAGCUCUCUUGCAGUACAUAGAACAGGUCCACACCGGAGUCCACGGCUUCGUCUAUAGCCACAUAGGUCACGGCUUGUCCAACGCCACGAUAACUGUGUCCGGGAUCAAGCACGCGGUCCACACGGCCCGGGCCGGCGACUACUGGCGGCUGCUGAGGCCGGGCGUGUACAACGUCACCGCCAGCAGACAGGGUUAUGAGAGUGUGACGGAGGAGGUGACGGUCCCUCCCGCCGGCGCGGUCAGCCUCAACUUCACGCUGAUGGCGGACGACUCGCAGCACUGGUCCUCCGCCUACGACUUCCGUAUAUUGGAUAACGUUUUGAACACGAUGUACCACACCCCUCUGCAAAUGUACGCGGCCCUAUCUGAAUUGGAGAACAAGUAUCCGAGCAUAGCGGAGUUCCGGGCCGGGGACAGCCUGGUCACCUCCAAGUUCCAUCAGCUCAAGAUGACUUCGAAUGUCGGCUCUCCAGAGGAGACCAAAUUCCACAUUGCGAUAAUGAGCAGCCUGUACGCGACCCAGCCUCUGGGCCGGGAGAUGCUUCUGAACUUUGCACGUCACAUCGCCACCGCCUACACCAUCGGCGAACCGAAACACCAACGCCUACUGAACAACACCGUCCUCCACUUCAUACCGAACAUCGACCCGCUCAACUCGAAGAUAAUCAAGCAAUACGACGGCACCGACAAGUGCGACCUCACCGCCCUCGAGGAAGAGUUCGGCGAUAGCCUGUACAACUACCUGACGAAGACCAACAUGAACCCACUCUCGAAUUACACCAGCGAAACGGCCUUCAUCGAAAUGCUCAAAUCGGAGAAGUACGACUUGAUUCUAGAACUCUCUUCCGGCACAGAAGACGUGUCUUACCCUGAAGCUUCGAAGGAACUGUACGAGAAAUACGCCCGGACGUACCAGGACCACAGGAACCCAAGCGAUAAGUACGAGUGUCGGCCGUUGGACAGCAGUGUCCACGGUCAGCUCGUGGACUUGCUGUGCGAGCGGCUCGACGUGCCCGUGGUGUCCGUGGGGUUGAGCUGCUGCAGGAUGCCCGUCGCCGACCAGAUCGGCUGGGUCUGGAGAGACAACCUGGGCGGCAUCAUGAAGUUCGUCGAGCAAGCCAAUACCGGCGUCGUGGGAUACGUAAAGAACGAGAUGGGAAAGCCGGUCCGCGACGCCACCAUAGCCAUCACCAGCUUCUCGAAGCAGUACCGGGUGACGAGCAACAUGGCGCACUACCACGUGAUGCUGCCCGCGGGCGUCUACAAGGUCAUCGUGCGCGCUCACAACUACAAGGAUCGGAUCCUAACUUGGAACGUCCUGGACUCCAAACUGAAGCAAAUCGACAUAAUACUGCAGAGGACGAAUGCGGAGAGGAUAUCUGGUGGUCAAUUCGAGGACAUCCAAGUUCCAGAGGAUCCUAAUGUCGUUUAUACCAUGGGGCUGGUCCUGUCCCGCAGCAGCGAGCCGCUGGGCGGGGCCGAGCUGGCGGUGCGCGGGGCGCGCGCGGGCGGCGUGCUGGCGCGCAACACCAGCGACGCGCACGGCCGCUUCGUGCUCGCGCUGCCCGCCGGGUACAAGGGGAAGCAGGUCGCGAUAUCCGCCGCCUCCGACGGAUACGUCACCAAGCAGAUGGACGUCUUGAUCAACAGCGUGGACAACUUAACGCCCAAUUUGAUAUUUAAGCUGGACAGCGACGACAAUGUUCUAGGGAUGCCACGUCUCGUUUUCGUCAUGUUGUCUGGCGUGGUGGGCGUGUCGCUGGUGGUGCUGGGGGCGUGGUGCUUCAGCUGCCGCGAGCGCGCCCGCCACUCGCGCCGCGACUACCUGUUCACGCAGCUGCCCGGGGACGACAAGCGCCCGCUCUGCGAGCCUGAUUUGAUCCGCAAGCCGUUCUACGACGAGGAGGACAUCCCGUUGACGGAGACCGACUCAGAGGAAGAUGUCGUGCUGCUGCAGACCGGACGAGAGCAAUGAUUUCCGGUGGGGAGGGGGGGAGGGUUCAAGUCCUGCGGCAGAAGUGGGGCUGAGGAGGCUCCAGGUGCGUGCACCAGCCUCUUGUUCCUCAAUUACUCAUCCUAUUCUAGUGAACGAGGAGUCUUGAGCAUAUUAGGCUUCCACAUGGCAAUCUUGACAAAAGUCGAUAUUGGUUACCAACACUAUUCUAUAUGUUACCAAUCGACCUAAAGUCAUUGAUGCUUACGGACUAAACUUGAACGAGAUAUUCGAGAUCUCGUUAUUUCAAAUUCAACAUAAUCAUGAUAACGAAAAUCGAUAUUUUUAAACUCAUCAUCGAUAUUAUCACAUCUCAUCGUAGACAACCCUAUGAAUGUCGGCAUAUCGAAUUAGCUCUAGACAAAAUCGUGAAUUGGAUUGCAAUCGAUUGUAAUAAAAGAUACUGUUGGCUCACCGUUUUUACCUGAGAUGUGAAUUGAAAUGUGAAAUGUGAAUGUCAAUUCUGAAACACUUACACGUGAUAGCAAUAUUUAAGGUAUGUUAUAGUUUUUGUAAGAGUCAGUAUCACGUCUUGCCUCUUUCUGCUGUAAAGCAAAUCUCCCGUUUUGAUUCCAGUCUUAAAUAUCUGCUAUACAAAUAGAAUGGAGGUUUUUAUUACAAUAUGGCGCCAUUAGCUUUGUCUAUGGAAAAACCUUGAAAUGAUAAAAAGGACUAAAUACACUAGUAUCGUUUAUAAUAAUAUAAUUUUGUCUACGGAUAAACUCUGUAAUGAUAAGGACCAAUUUACUAUUAUAUAAUAAUAAUUGUCAUCAAUCUCUGUGCAAACUCUUGUGCCUUUAUCUCGAAUUAAAAAAUAGUUUAUAAGUUUUACUUUUAAUUUUUAAUCGGUAAAUUCAAUUCAGAAUAUUAUUUAUUUAUAAGUAUCAUAAAUUAGCUCAGUAGUAAAUCAUUAAAACUCCUGAAGCGAUAAUCUCGGUUGGGAUUCAUAGAUCCGUCCAUACAUUGAUUAAUUACAAAAUCAAAAUUAUAUUUAACAACUAAAUCGCUUCUCAAGACUAUUUUUCGAACAGUAUUAAAAAAAUGUUAUGGGAAUUCAAAUUUUCAAAAUUCCCAGGUUUUUCUUUAAAAAAAAAAAUUAUAUAUGGACCGUUUAUUUUGAAAGUGGUGUAAGUCCAUUUUCUUUUUUUUUUCGAGAAAAUUAAAGGUUACUAUAUUUGUUGAUUUAAAAAUACAGGCAAAUCAUAUGAGGUCUGGCUAUGCCACCUACCUCUGUCAAUUGGACUUACCCCACUUUCAUAAUCGAUGAUUAUGCAAUUUCACUUACCGACCGAUUUUAAGUUGUACAAAACAUGAGUUUUUUUUGAGAAAUUAAACACGGACUAGUUAUAUAUAAAAAAAUUACAUGAAAUUAAGCAUGAAUUACGUGAUAGCUCAUUUUUCUCAAAAAUGGACUUACACCACUUUCAAAAUAAACGGUCUGUAUAAUUGUUAACAGUUCCUUUUGGAUAAAAUUAAAUAAACAUAUAAAUAUAUUUAUAUUAAAUUAUUAUGAAUUUCGUUCACAAUAAUACUAAAUAAAUUAGGAAAAUAAGAAACGGUAAAAAAAAAUUAAUAAAAAAAUAAAGAAUAAUUUAAAAAAAAAGUUUUUUCACAGAUGAAAAUAUGUACUAUAUAUAAAUGUGUUAAUUUGUUGAGUUUGCUCUGAGUUUAGGGGCGAGGCUUAAUCACAAUGUCGCACGCAGCUUGCGAACCAAAUUACGAAGGGAAGCAAUGAUUUAUUAUAUAAAACCAUCAGACUAUUUUUAAGGCUCAUAAAAUCAGAAUACACAAUUUGUUACAAUAUUAUACUACUUAUAUAAACAAUAUUGUUAUGAUGAAUCAAUUAUGAUUAAGUUGAUACGAAUUAGAAAUAUAUAUUAUAUUGAAGGGUGAAAGACCAUUUGGGCUAAGUGACAUUUUUGCAACUUUACAGGAGAGCUAUUUAAUGGUUAAAAUUUGGAAUAAUAAAAAUCGGUUGUCUGUAAAGUCGGCUUACUGACGAUAGUUGAACGUGACAACGUCAUAAGAAAAUACUGAUGGAAUGGUCUCAUUUUUCAAAAGAAAAUUUUAAUUUUAUUUGUUUGAUAGAUAUUUUGUAUGGACAAUUGACACCACAUUCACUUUUCACUGAACUUCAGACUUGACGAAAACAUGUAAAUGUAUUAUUGUAUAGCAGCUGUCCACGCGGAUGCAGCGCUCACUCAAGUAGGAGAGAGACAGAUGUGAACGCUGUCGAACGCGGAGGCCGAUUGUGCCUCUUUGUCGCUCGUUGCGCGUUCUCGCUUGCACUUCAAGCCUUAAAUGGAACGCCUCAGUUUUUUCGUGCGUGCAGCCGGCUCCAUCGAAUUAUAAGACGUUGUCACGUCAAAAAUGUAACAAAGAAUACAUCGAACUGUGGACGUUAAUACCAAAUAAAACGCACCUUUAAUUACAAAGAUAAAUGUCGCUUAUACCAAAUAGCUUUUCACCCCUCGAUAUGAUGUAAUCAUAUAACCCAUACGAAUUAGAAUCUUAAAAUAUCAAUUAUCGGUAUUAGUAGGUGUAAACAAAUUAUUUUGCGCAAACUGAACUUUAUUGUAAUAGUAAUAAGGGUAUCUUUCUCAAGUCCACUUGACUUAUCAUGUAAGAUAAAUCUAGGUUGUAACUGAAAAUUUAGUAAAACUGUAAUUUAGUAAAAACAUAAUUGGGCUCGACUACCAUUUCUUCAGAUUGGAAUUCAAUGUCAGCAAAAAGAAAUCUCAAUGUUGAUAUAAAAAAAAAACUCGAAUGAGAACUAAGUAGUUUAAGACCGUAUGGUCGGUCCCAUAAAAUAAAUUGAUUAGACAUUCCUUCAUCAAAAUGUUCACGCAAAGGUAUCAAUCACGCAUUACUAUAUUAUCUAAGUUAUUGCUUUUAAUUUUUUUUUUAUGUUUUUCUUGUUUAACUAACAAAAAAUGGUUUGGUGAACUUUGGUGCCUUAGCUUUUUUUUAAUUAAACGUUUAUACUGCCUUUACACCGUCCCCUUUAAGUCACUUAUCGACCGAAUUAAACUUUUGGAACUGGCAAUACUAAACCGUGUUUUUUUUUAAAGCGCUCGUGGCGUGUUCUUUUAUCUCAGUGCUUCGUUUAGUGAAUUGGUUAAAAGUGAUUUAGGCUCAAAGAUAGUUUUAAUAAGUUGCCUUGUGUACUGAGCUUAAGACGUCUCUUGGUUAUAAAUAGCCACGUGUAUGUAGACGCGGUUUUAAAUGAAUUUUAUGUCUUAACCCUAUGACUGCCGUGUUGGGCAACGGUGCCCUACGUGGCGCACUGAAGUAAUUACAUCAAUUUCAGUAACUAAGGCGCCGGAAUAUCUAGUAGUCUCUGGGAAAGACGAAUCCGAAGAUAUGAAUAAAUGAAGAAUGAAUCGUAUUUCUAAGAGACCUAAAACAUUAACAAACAAAAGGCAAAGUUAGGCAAUCCAGACGCUUGAUAACAGUAAUCGAUGUAAUUACUUCAGUGCGUCGCGUAGGGCACCGGUGACCUACAUGGCAGUCAAAGGAUUAAGAGAAAAUGGGAAAACAAUUUGCACAUAACUACAGAAAUUAAACUACUUUUGUUGACUAAGAGCUCUACACGGGACAAAGUGAGGCGUAUUGAAUGUGCCCAUUGUUGCGAUCUCUAUAUACAGGGUGUAACAAAUUAUUCCAACACCAGACCAAAUUAUUUAAAUUGCUCUUUUAAACACUACUGUUUUAUGUAAGGUCGCCCAGUGGUCGUAUUUCGACCAUGACCACUGACCCCUCAAAACAUAAGUUUGUUUUUCUCUUUUCUUUUUAAUAAUUUUACUUGUGCAGUGCAUAAAAAAAAAACAUUCCUAGAUUUUCUUGUUGAUUAUAAGAAAUAAAUAGUAAAUUUAAAGCGGACAUGAUAUUUAUAGCACCAGGAAUCGUCCGAAAAAGGGCAUUCGCUUUUGGGGAACAGCUCUGGCUCCUCACAGAAUAAUUGGAUUAUGUUUUCUUUAAACUGUUGUAGAUCUACAAAAUGUAUUCCGUUUGCUGGUUGACCAGGAUAUCAUGGUAGAUAAAUUAAACAAAAAAAACUUAUCGAAUUUAAUAAUGUAUUUUCAAAUUUUAAUUUAGAAUCUCUCAUAGAUAAUAAACUUAGUUGUGACUUUGAUCUUAUGUUAAUUAGACGAUUGAUAAUUGAUAUAACGCCUCCUUUGUUAAUAAUAUUUAUAUUAAAUGAUUACGAAAUGGUGCUUGUAUUAAAUAUCACUAUUUUUAAGUCUCAAUAUUAAUGUUUAAUGUAUUCGUGAUAAGUUCAGUGUAUAAUGAACAGUGAAUAAAUUGUUUUAAAAUAUA